AUGGGGUGUGUCAUCGAGCCCGAGACCGAAGCCAGCAGUCGCGAAGAAGCCGCCAUCUGCAUCAUGUCUAAGCUCUUCAUCGGUGGCCUCGCCUGGCAUACGGAGGAGGGGACGCUCCGCCAGAAGUUUGAAGAAUUCGGUGCAGUCGAAGAAGCAGUGGUGGUUAAGGAUCGAGACACCGGUCGCAGCCGGGGAUUCGGGUUUGUGCGCUACACACAGGAAGCCGAUGCCCAAAAGGCCAUUGCAGCGAUGAACAAUGUCGAGUUUGACGGGCGGACAAUCCGUGUCGACAAGGCCUCCGACAACGGCCCGAGAUCAAACGCCGGCCGAGGCGUGACUCCACAGUACGUGGGACGCGGCGGAGGUGGGGGCUACGGGGCACCGCAGAUGUCAUACGGCGCUCCUCAGGGAUACCCGAUGCAGAUGCCCCUCAGGUAUAUGGAAGGGGAUAUCCGCAACAGCCGUACGGCGUGCCGCCACAAGGUGAGUUUUCGUCUCAUACUCUGA